CUCAAUUACAGUAUUGGAGCAUACUGCACGGGAAACAACAACGAACAAUAACAGGACCCCUAUCCUUACCAGAUGAGUGCGACGAACACACCCCCACUUCCUACUACGAAAGAAAUCUAAAGUGGUUGUUUGAAUUUUACUCUGUAAUUGUUGGGCCCUCCUUGUUAUUCGCUAUUUCACAUUGGAAGUUGAAGCUUCAAUAAAGAAGCCCCAUCAUAAAUAUUUUCAUGUUCUAGCAGUCUCCAGUCUGGUAGACACUGAGGAAAGUUAAAUCUAAUUGUGCGCUGUCAUAGCUUGUGGGAGGCUCGUGGCUGCACUAUGAUUAGAGUGCAUGCUGUGCAACAACACUUCCCACUUGAGAUUGAAAAGGUUGUCGAGAUUAUUUCACUCAUCACGAGAAUCAUCACGAACACGAUACCUUUACUUGUCUGAGUCUCGUCAACAAGAUUCUCCGACUCGGAACGGCAAAAUGGGUUACGAUUGGCGGCAACACGUCGAGGCGUCUAAGGACCCGGAAGUUAAUCGCCGGAUUCGGGCUCACAUCGAGACGUUCAAAACUAGCUCUGAACGCUCGGAACAGCUCCCGCCUAAUGUGCGAGGCAGGGAGUGUAACAGCUAUAAGCAGAUUUGCAAAGAAUUGCAAGUCGGUUUCGUCAAAAAUGGCAGGUUUUACGAAAUGGUGAAAGUGGGUGGAGCUGGUGGGUCAGGUGCAGGCGGUGGGCAUGCAGAAAGGCAGCCUAAAGAAACUAACGAGGAGUUUUCAAUGCGACUAUGGAAAGACGUUUGGCUGUUUUUCUUCAAGCACAAUAUGGUUGGACUGGAUCUGCGCAGCACAGCUUCUCCUGGUGCAGAGUCUGGGCACAUGGUGGAGACUGACGCAGACUGUGAAGGUUCUGGCGGAGCGAUGUGCGCUGUCGAAGAGAUAGACGAAACUGUAGAAACCCUGCAAAAGUUGUUAGAUACGGAUUUCCUGAGUAGUUCGGAUGAAGAAGACGGUAACGGCGAGGACGUCGAUAUGAACGCCAGUCGUGCCAAAUGGAAAACGUCAUCUACUCGAGAUGCCCCUGCUGUGUCUUCCUCGUCGGGAAGAAGAAAUCAAGCUAUUUCUUUGGGCGCUGGUAAGACCAACACGACUGCAGAUUCCAGUACUUCCGAAGAGAAAACGGACGAAAGCCACGAAUUUUUCGAUGCCGCGACUAUAGAAGCCUGUCCGUGGGUAGCGACGCAAAAGUUUUUGAAUCAUGUGAAAGUAAAUAGCCAAGAUCUUUGGUCUCGGUUAAGCGUUGUUGGUGUCAACAACUGCAGCGGAAAGAAGCUUGUGCAACCCGAUGUUGCAAGCUACGUCUCACGAUUUUUUGAGAUGUACGGGGCUAACCGCAAGGGUGUCGCAGAAAAUAUCCGCCCGAAGCGAUUACGGGUUGCCGUUCGCAAACAGAACUCCCCUCUCUCGGGUCCACCUGUCACUAUCGAGCGGAGCGACUUGCAGUGGGGGGACUCUUCCGCCGCAGGCCGCUUGGACGAUGUGCGUUAUGCAAAGCCAGUCCUUUUCGCAGAUGCGAAGCAGCUAGACGGAUUGACCAAGAGUCUCACGCAAGCACUUGGCAGCAAGCACGCUGCGGAGAUCUUACAGCGCAAUGGCCUUGAGAGUACCAGUUCGAAGAUGAAUGGCAAACAAGUUGCCAAUAGUCCUUUUAAUGCUGCGGUAGCUGCUGACGGCGUUUCUGCUCGAAAGAGAUCAUACUCGGGAGGAGAGAUGAGUGACAACGAGGACGACGAGGCUGAGGAUGCGAUAUAUGAUGCAUUCAAUCGGCGGUGGCGUGCUUCGGUGCGGCGUCGUGUCCGACCGGCCGAUCCUAUGUACGAAGAGCGCAAGAACACACUGCGGUCUCGCCUGCCUGCAUUUCGCAUGGCCGACGAGUUCGUGCAGAUGGUAGCGGACAACGAUGUCGUCAUCUUGUGUGGCGCGACUGGUUGUGGGAAGACGACGCAGCUUCCACAGAUGUUGAUGGAGCGCUUGCAGGAGAUAACAUCCUCUAGCUUAGCGGGACCACUGACUGGUAGGAUCGUUUGCACGCAGCCAAGGCGGAUCUCGGCUACCAGCGUGGCGGAACGGGUCUGCUACGAACGGAACGAGAAGGUUGGCGACCGAGUUGCCUACCAGAUCCGAUUCGAAAAUAACGCGAGUGACAGCACGGAGCUCCUGUAUUGCACCACAGGUAUUUUGUUGCGGUUUUUGGUCCACAACCCGAUGCUAGAGGGAGUCUCAGUUGUCAUUUUGGAUGAGGUCCACGAGCGCGGCACGCACACAGACUUCGUGCUGCUGAUUCUGAGGAAUCUUUUGCACCAACGAAGAGGUGACUUCCGUGUCGUGCUUAUGAGCGCAACGAUCGAUGCAAGCAACUUUAGGCAGUAUUUUGAGGUAAGUAACAUCGAAGCUUCGAUUGCAGUGACGCGAGAACAAGAUAGUCAUCUGGGCACACCCGAGGAGGAAUACCUGUCGGUGGCGCAGUUGGACAUCCCCGGAAAAACGAACUAUCCAAUUGAGGAGCACUUUAUUGAGGACAUCAUGCCGGAGCUAGGACGUGACUACAACUAUACAGUGAGCAUGCCUUCGCAGGUGAAACAAUCUCGACUGCGGAAUACGUGGGCGACCCCUGCAGCAGUACGGGACCAAGUGCUCGCUGGACAUCGGACUGCAAUGGAGCCACGAGGGGUAGAGCAAAUUUCGACGUUUAUGCAACGGCCUCUGGAUCUGGAUUGCAAACUCAUUGCCAGUGUCUUGGAACUGAUCGAAGAUUCAGAGGGUCCGGAGGCCCUAGUGACGUCAUCAAACGGUGAAGGAGGAGCCAAAAAAUUUCAUCUGGGUUCCGUCUUGAUAUUCGCGCCAGGUUGGAAGGAGAUCACGGAUGUUGUGAAGGAACUGCAGGGGCGAUUAGCCCAAGUGCGCAGAAAGCGAAGUGGACAGCAACACUGGUCGUCCGAAAGAGAGUGGCUUCUUCUUCCACUGCACAGCAUGGUGCCUCCACAGGACCAGAACCGUAUUUUCGAUCCGCCGCGCGACUCUCACACUCGAAAAAUCAUCGUGAGUACAAAUUUGGCCGAGACCUCUAUUACUGUGGAGGAUGUUGUGUAUGUGAUCGACAGCGGCCUCUGCCGCGGCACCACCUACACGGCUGAGACAAACGUAGCGUCCCUGGAGACGUUUGCGGUUGCACGCAGCAACGUGCAGCAACGUCGCGGCCGCGCCGGUCGUUGCCGCCCAGGACAGAUGUUCAAACUCUACACUGAGUUCGAAUUCAAAAACGACAUGCGGGAUCACGAGCUUCCGGAGAUGCUGCGCACGCCCGUUGAGGAGCUCUGCUUACAGGUGAAGGCGCAGAAGCUGCCAGGCCAAGUGAAGUCUAUUCUGCGCAAGGCGCCUGACCCGCCAAAAGACGCAGCGGUGGACAACGCGGUUGCCCUGCUGCUCAAUUUAGGCGCGCUUCAGCUUCGGAAACCGUCAAAAGCGUAUCUAGGAGAGAAGCUGACGUCGCUGGGCUGGCAGCUGAACCAGUUGCCGAUUCAUCCUACACUUGGCAAAAUGUUGUUGUUGGGGAGCCUGUUUUCGCAGUACACUCACGCACCUGAGGAGAAUGCUUUGUUGGACUUGUUGUGCAGUAUUUGCGCCACGUUGAGCUUCAAAUCGCCGUUCACCCUGCCAAUGGGAAAGGAAAAGGAGGCCGACAGUGCGCGAAAGUACUACGGCCAGGGCCUCAUGAGCGAUCACCUGUGCUUCGCGCGCGUCUGCAACGAAUGGAGCAACGACUCUUCAAGACAAAGCCGUGUGCGGGAGUGGUUGGACGUCAAUUUUCUUAGCGGCAAAACUCUGGAAUCGACAGAAAAGACCAAGCAGGACCUGCAAACACACCUGAGGGACUUGCGUAAACGCGAAUCUUCGAAGAUGGUGGCAGACUGGGGGUACGACGACAGCUUAGAUUUCUAUGAAUACGACGCUGACAGCAGAUAUACUCCGACGCAUUGGAACGCGAGUAGCACUUCAUCAACAGCGGCGGCGUCAUCGAGUGCCAGUGCGCUUUCUACGCAUCAGAAAGCCUGGCAAUUCUGGAAGGACUUACAGCGGGUAAGCAGCGGGAAGCGCGACAAGUUGAAAACGGAUAGUCAGCGCGACGCUUCGCAGAACCCGCACAUGCGCCUCAACUUGAAUUUGCGCGACCACACGCCUGUCCUGAUGGCUAUUAUGUCGGUAUCUCUGAAUCUCUCGGUGCUUUCUACGCACAAUAACAAAAAGGGGCAACUGCUUUCUCUCGUCGGCGGCGGUGUUGCCGAAUGCCACCCUGGCAGUCUUGUAUCGCAACUCCCGAAGCGUGUCGGUGCCGGGAAGCUGGAAAAGCGCACGCGCUACCUUCCUUGGGGCGACAAGAAAGUGGAGGUGUUCCAGGGAGAGAAGGUUUUUCUACUGGGCUGGUUUCAACGGCUGAAGACGAGUUCCUUGUUUUUGCGGGACGUGUCCGUUUUCGCGGAUCCUCUGGCAAUGUUGCUGUUGCUCCCAGGUGUGACCCGCGAAGAAAAGGCGCUCUUCCGCGUGGAAAACCCAGCGGGCGCGGUGUUCAAGAACUCGGCCAAUUUUUUGCUCUCUGCCGCAACCCCUGAAGUCGGGGACUCUCUCUGCCGAGUGCGCGCAUUGCUCACCGGGCUCUUUGAUGUGUUGCUGAAAGGUAGUGCUGGCAAAGCAAAGCAACGUGACGCGUGUUCGCCAACGCAAGUGGCAGAGGUCUUCGCGAGGCUAAGCGCGGUAUUGCACGAUUCGCAUGCGCUGUACCGGACCGACUGCGCGGCCAUUGACCACGGAGCAGCAUCCUCAUGCAAUAAAAAGCACUACGACGCUGAAGAGGAAAAGGAACUGGCGCGCGACGUUGACGAAUUCGGAAAAGCAAAGAAAAUUCUUCCUGCUUCACUGACAGCUAUAGUUUCCUCUACUGCGAAGCCGACGAACCGAACUGUACCGCGGUAUGACUCCGGAAAUGUCGAUGUUCCAAACGAAGAUAGUAGGGCAGGCGAGUGGAACAAUGACGACCAAUACUACAACUACGGCGGAAGCAACUACGAGCAGGAAGACGAUGAUAUGGAUGGGCAAUCAUGGCAGGCGGAGAACGACUCAUCAAAACACUACAGUUGGAAAGAAGACAAGGGUUGGCAGAAUUGGAAGAAGAAUGACAAAUGGUAUAUAAAUGAUUGGACCGUCGAACAGCACGAGGAGAACAAUGACUAUUCCACUACAAGGUUGUCGAACAGUGGCGCAGGUGGAGCGACAUCGUCAUCUUCAUCGUGGAAGUCUCAGCGCAGAGCUUCACCAAAGAUUGAAGAAGCCGCAUCUUGGUCCGCAAGCGGGCAAAUAAGUUACGGUUGUAGCGGAGGCGCCUCGGCUUUGCACCCGUCCUACGCACAGCAAGGUGAAGACGAAACGCUGCCUGCCGAUUAUCAACAGCAGCCGCAAGUGAAUUCGCAAAGAACGCACACGCAAAAGACCUACGGAAAACGGCAAGAGCAGUGGAAAAGAAAUCACGACAAGUGGGGGACGAGCACGAAUGAGACGGGAGGAAAGAACCCACAGGGUGGAAAGGGUCAGAGUGGAGGUCUGUUCUCUCAAGAUACGUCUCACUCAUCUACCAAGCAAUACUAUCAACAGCAUGGCGCAAAACGGUGGAAGAGAUACUAGGGACUGCACACCCUCUGAAGUCAUGAGCUAGUACCUCUAGCAUGUUUGUGUUUGAUUUGUUGUGGGAGUGCGCCAGCACAGCGCUUCCUCGAAGCCGAAACUUUUUAAUAAUGACCUUCCUUCAAAGCCUUCCUUCAAAGAAGGUAUCGGCACCUUCGCUUCAUUCAAUAUUAACACUUCGUG